UCCCGAGCGACACUCAGCGGCGAUGAGGGUCUGCGGAAGGAGUGGUGGAUUGGUCGUGGUGGAGCGCUUGGUGUUUGCCGCCGACGCCGGGGACUCCGACCCAUGCUCCAGGGCGGUGUUGUUCGCAGGACAGCUGCCAAAUCUGCACAAACUUGCCUGGAACCAAGUGAAGGGGAAGCUGGAGCCCCGGGUGACCCAGGAGGUCUGGCAGACAGCACUGAGAACUUUGAAUCCAAAUCCUACAGCUACUUGCUCUCUUUGGCUCAAUUAUGCUCUAGUGGCAGCACUCCGGUCCAAAGUCAGUCGUCACAACAGUCCAUCUUCAGCUCACUUUCUCACACGAUUGAUUAGUAGUUCCUUGACUCGAAGAACCAACCAGUGCAUUGUGUUGGUCUGUGAAUAUGCAGAGGUUUUUGCCUUAGCAUGUGCACUAACAAGAGCGUUUCCUUUGUUCACUCGACGCACUGGAAUGCAUGAACAUGAAGACAAGAUCACUGUUACUGUAGAGUUUAUUCUAGUGGGAGAAAAUACCAAGCCACUCUGUGAAUCUGCACUUGAAUGUUUGUUAAAUGCUGCUGAAGGCAUCCGAUUAGCAGCUCGUAUUGUGGAUAUGCCAUGCUGUGAGAUGAAUACCGAUGACUUCCUUGAGGAAAUCAACCUUGUUGGAUCUGAACUGGGUAUUAUUCCCACAAUUAUCCGUGGGGAGGAACUAAAUCACAAGGGAUUUGGAGGCAUUUAUGGAGUUGGAAAAGCUGCAGUGAACCCUCCUGCUCUUGCAAUACUUAGUCAUACACCAGAGGAUGCUACGCAAACUAUAGCCUGGGUCGGCAAGGGUAUCGUUUAUGAUACCGGUGGUCUCAGCAUUAAAUCAAAGUCACAGAUGACAGGGAUGAAGAGAGAUUGUGGAGGAGCUGCUGCUGUCCUUGGAGCCUUCCGAGCAGCAGUGAAACAGGGUUUUAAAGAAAACUUGCAUGCAUUGUUCUGCUUGGCUGAGAAUGCAGUAGGAGCUGAAGCCACAAGACCUGAUGACAUUCACCAACUGUAUUCUGGAAAAACUGUUGAGAUCAAUAACACAGAUGCAGAAGGUUCUCUGGUUUUGGCUGAUGGAGUAUCCUAUGCGUGUAAAGAUCUCAAAGCAGACAUCAUAGUAGAUAUUGCAACUUCAGCUGGAGCUCAGGGUAUUGUGACUGGGAAGUACCAUGGUGGAUUGCUUACCAAUAAUGAGGAGUGGGAACAGGCCUGUGUUAAAGCCGGACAAAACAGUGGAGAUCUUGUGCACCCAUUGGUUUACUGCCCAGAACUCCACUUCAGUGAAUUUACUUCAACUGUGGCAGAUAUGAAAAAUUUUGCGUCUGAUCAUGCCAGUGCUCUGAGCUCGUGUACAGGCUUGUUUAUUGAAGCACAUAUUGGCUUUGAUUGGCCAGGAGUAUGGGUGCACAUUGACAUGGCUUCUCGAGUUCAUUCUGGAGCUCGGGCUACAGGCUAUGGGGUAGCACUACUUUUAGCAUUGUUUGGUCAUGCAACAGAUAAUGUAUUGUUGAACAUCAUUUCACCAAAUGGUGUUAGCUUUACCACAGAAGUUGGUAAUUCGAUGGAAAAUUGCUUCAAAAAGAGAAGACUGAUAUGAAUCCUGAUUGCAAUUGUGUUCAUUUUCUGCUUUAUGGAAUUGAAAGUAUUCAUUUCCUGAUCCUGUAAGAAAUUUUGCAUUAGUAUUUGGGAGCAUACAGUAAUUAUUUUUCACUGCUAUUCCUUAAUGCUGGUGACUUGUCAAAUAGAACACACAGCUUUGCUAAUGAUUUAAUCCCAUUACUUUUUGCAUGGAGACUUGCAGAGAUUGGAGUUGUAUUUAUUGCAGAUUAAGAGUUUUUAUUUCUAUGAAUGUAAGUUGAGCUAUAAUGUUUGGAGGUCACAUACUUAUACAAUGAAUCAAAUUCUCUUAUGUAUAGUGAUUAGCCUUAGUACUAUCUCUUAGCAGCUUAAAAUAAAACUGUUAAGAUUUUUUAAAGCAGGUUUAAAACAUUUUUGUAUAUUUUCAUGUAUUUGAAUAAGAUGUGCAUAAAACAUUGUAUAAUUUUCAAAGUUGUCCUGUUGCUUCUAUUUAACCCAUCGUUGCAUUUCUUAUCCUUUGGUUUUCUUUUAGAUUAUGUAUUUGUGCUAAUGUGGUGACUAUCACUAGAGUGCAAAAUUAGCAGCCCUCCAAUGCUAAUGUGCUAAAGUUACUUCUUCAUUGAUUUCCUCUUGUUACUCCAGUUUAAUAUUCUGAUGACAACAGGGCUAACUUCAAACACUUUACAAAUAAGUGGUUAAAAUUCUAAUACACAUAAGACUCAUAGCCUCAGGUGUUUCACAUUUGUGCAGGAGAAGGUAGGUACCCUGGUUUGUCCCCCGUAACCCUGUGCUAGGAAGAUUGGCCCGACUUGCCUUUGGGUGGAACUGGAGGAAGGGUUUUAUUGCCAUAGUUGACCCAAUUAAGUCAAGGGAAAUAAUUAGCAACAUGGUAAAUUAUUUCCAAACUCCUUCAGCAUUGAACAUUUACUUUUAUAAAUGUGGAGAUUCUUGCUUUAGUUUCAUUUGUAAUACAGCUACACUGUUAUUUUCUUCAUUCCCUCAAUCGUUUUCAGUAUUAUUAUCUACAUAUGAUUCUUACAUUGAAUUAAAUUGUUAUGAUUUACCCUUCAUAUCAGUGAGAAUUUUACAGUGUAAUUGAGGAGGUAUGCCAUUGCUGGUUCUCUUCAUAUAAGUUCCAAAUUCUGUGUUAUUGAUGUCAUUGUUCUGUUGCUUGAAUUACUAUAAAAAAGUAGCAUGAAUGGUGAGGGACUAUAAGCAUAAGUGCACUAAAAACAAACAGGUCUGUAUCAACGAAUUGCAAUAUUGGAGAUAAUUUGGAUGAAUUCACAUUUAUCAAAAUUAAAUGAUUUUUAUAUACUUGACCUACCCCAUUUCUAAC